CACAGCCGCCACACAACUGAAACUGAAAGUGUUUGAGAGAUGUGCUGUUGAAAAGUGUUUGAGAAGAGGGUGACACACUCCUACAACAUGGAGCCACCUGGACCUGGCCCCGGGUCUAAACCCAGACCUAAACCUGCUCCCAGCUCUGUGUCUCUGAAAAGUGACCACUCCAUAGGUUAUGUUCCAGACUUUAGAGAAGCUCCUCCUGAAGACCAGAGGGAGCCAGGCCCAAAGGAGCAGCUGGACGCCAUAUUCAGGCUUCUGGAGGAGGACGUCCUGACUUUUGUCAAAGAGCAGCUGCAGAGGCUCCACAGGCUCCUGGCCUUAGAUUACCCAGAAUGCUCUGAGAGUGAGGAGGAGGAGCAGAGCAGCAGAGAGGCGGUUCUGAACAUCACCCUGGACUUCCUGAGGAGGAUGGACCAGGAGCAGCUGGCUCAGCGCCUGCAGGACAGAAACAAUGUUGGAGUUUGUGGAGAUAAACUGAAGAGGCAUCUGCAGCAGAGGUUCAGUCGAGUGUUUGAAGGUGUGGCUAAAGCAGGAGACUCCGCCCCCCUGACCCAGAUCUACACAGAGCUCUACAUCACAGAGGGCAGAGCCUCAGAGGUCAACCAGGAACAUGAGGUCAGACACAUGGAGACUGCGUCCAAGAGACCGGCUUCACCGGAGACCAUCAUCACAUGUGAAGACCUCUUUAAAGCCCGCCCACAUUCACCAGAGCCAAUCAAAGUGGUGCUGACGAAGGGCGUGGCCGGUGCAGGGAAAACAGUGCUGACUCAGAAGUUCUGUCUGGACUGGGCUGAAGGCAGAGCCAACCAGAACCUCCAGCUGCUGUUCCCGUUCACUUUCAGAGAGCUCAAUGUGCUGAGAGACACACAGUUUAGCCUGGUGGGACUGAUGCACCACUUCUUCAGUCUAUCCAAAAGUCUCUGCAGCUUCCAGCAGCUUCAGGUGCUCUUCAUCUUUGGCGGUCUGGACGAGUGCAGACUUCCUCUGGACUUCAGCCGUACUCAGGUCCUGACCGACCCCUCAGAGUCCACCUCAGUCCAUGUGCUGCUGGUGAACCUCAUCCGGGGGACCCUGCUUCCCUCCGCUCAUCUCUGGAUAACCAUGUGCCCUGCUGCAGUCAAUCAGAUCCCUGCUGAAUACAUCUCCAUGGUGACAGAGGUACGAGGUUUCGCUGACCUGCAGAAGGAACAGUACUUUAGGAAGAGGUUUAGAGACCAGGCCACAGCCGUUAUCUCCCACAUCAAGAGCAUCCGCAGCCGCCACAUGAUGUGCCACAUCCCGAUCUUCUGCUGGAUCCUCUCCACAGUUAUACAGAAGCUUCUGGAACAAACAGAGAAACCAGAGCUGCCCCGGACUCUCACACAGAUGUACAUCCUUUUCCUGGUGGUUCAGGCCAAAGUCAAGUCAACAUCAAGUAUCACCAGGGAUCAGGGGCAGAUCUUCACUGGACUCCAGAGACCAGGGAGAUGGUGCGAUCUCUGCGAAAACUGGCCUUUGAGCAGCUGCAGAAAGGAAACCUGAUCUUCUACGAGUCUGACCUGAGCGAGUGUGGGCUGGACACUGCAGUGGCCUCAGUGUACUCCGGAGUGUUCACACAGGUCUUUAGAGAGGAGCCAGGCCUGUGCCAGGACAAUGUCUACUGCUUCAUCCAUCUGAGUGUGCAGGAGUUUCUGGCUGCUCUUCACGUCCAUCAGACCUUCACAGAGUCUGGAGUCAACCUGCUGGAGGUCCAA